AUGUUAAUUGUAAAUGUUCUUAAGUCAUUUCGUAGUUCAUUUUGGCUUGAAGAAAAACGUUGGUUUGUAGCAUAUCAGGACUAUUGCUUAUUUUCCAUACCUCAGUUUGCACCAAAUUGUAUUGAAAUUUCUCAACAGUUGCGUAUUCGUUCGACAGCACCUGAUAAUAAAUUUGUUUAUGAUCAAAUCAAUAAAAUAACGAUGAAAACAGCUGCCAUUAAGCACAAUCAUUAUUUUACACAUAUCAAGACUCUUGAACUCAAAUGCUCCGUAUCACUCAAGACUGUUGCAUCGAUUAUUGAUUUAAAUCACAUAAAACGCUUAACUGUAUUAUCGUUGGAUGAUGUAUUAAAAUUCAUGCCACUGGAACAUGUAAUGCCUCAUUUUUGUGAAUUAACAAUUGAGAACAAUGUAACAAUUAAUAUAAUUGAACAAAUUAGUCAUUAUCGUUUUUUACAAAUUCGUAAACUUGAAAUAGCAUCGAACAUCAAAGCAAAAAAUAAAGAAUGUCCUUUAUGUCGAGCUACAAUUGAAGAUUCAGUUGUUCAGUUACUAGCAGGCCCUAUUAAGCCAUCACUGCAACGACAACGACAACGACAACAACAAACAAUUCCAAUUCUACCUCUUGUAGUUAAUGUUGUUCCUUCAGUAGAAGAUCUGAUUGAUAAGGUUGCUGUACGAGAACUUUGCGAUCGUCUCGCUUCUGCUCGUCAGGGUGCAGUUGCUUCACUCAAUGAUCUCGACAAUCUUCCAUUGAUAACUGCUUCAACAACAUUAGAAUAUGGAGCUCAAUUUUCGCAUGAAGAAUCGAAUAUUUACGGUCUUGUCACUCUUCAAGCACCAACUGUUCUCUUACCAGCAGAGACUGGAUCAUUGUUAUCGUCUCGUGUUCCAAUUGAUCUUGUUUGUGUUGUUGAUCAAAGUGGAUCGAUGUCGGGUGAGAAAAUAGCAUUAUUGAAACAAACGUUGGUCUAUAUUGUUGAACAAAUGAAUGAAUUCGAUCGACUAGCUAUUAUUUCAUUCAAUACUCAAGCUUUUGAUCGUUCACAUGGUCUCAAACGAAUGAAUCAACAAAAGUAA